GCCAGAUGGGCAGUGGCCUUUGGCGCCAUAAGCGGUAUGUUCACAGCCCUCUUAGGCGCAAUGUUACCUAUGUCUCGCUGUGUAUACGCUAUUGCCAAUGACGGCCUUCUCUUUCCUUCCCUAGCCAGAAUAAACGAAAGAACCGGAGCACCCGUCAAUGCAACUGUCGUCCCAUUAUUGCUCACAAUUCUGCUGACAUUAUUCUUCUCAAUGGAUCAGCUGGUUCACUUUCUCUCUGUCGGGACGUUAAGUUCAUUUGCAUUCGUUUCAGGUGCUCUAAUAGUUAUACGUUACCAACCUACCGAUCUUGAGACCACAGCCUCAGAGCUUACACGGUAUGGCGCAACAGCAGACGAAUCUCGGGACGAAACUGAGAAAACUGCAGAGGACAUUCCCGAUGGUGAUCAAGACGUAUACUCACAUGAUGAUAGACAAAGGCUUACCCAUCGCCCUAAUUCUCAGAUGGGUCGUCAAACAAGCAACAUCGCGGGGACCCUGAAGGAACGAUACCGAAACGUUCCUAUCAUCAAGAACUUCGCCGGUGUCCCUCCGGGUCGUUGUGUCCUUAUCAGCUUGGUCAUCUCCGUGACCUUCCAGGUGUGUGCUCUUGCGAUUGUACAGUGUGGCACCAAGAACCUCGCGGCUGGGGACUGGUGGGCAAUACUUUUACUAGUGUUCUUCACGGUAGCUGCUCUUCUCUCUUUUCUUGUGAUCCCGAUGCAUCACCAAGCAACAACGUCGGAGGAUUAUUUUAGUAUCAAGUGUGUUCCAUUGGUGCCAUAUGUAAGCAUCGUGGCAGACAUCUUUCUUCUUUUGCGUCUGAGCACCGGGGCGUGGGUGCGAUAUCUAGUUUGGUUAGCUAUAGGUACUGCUGUCUAUUUUGCCUAUGGAUACCGACAUAGCCAUUUAGCGAAGAAACAGAAGCAGGAUGAAGUCAACGGGCCAGAAUGUUCAUAUGGUAGCAUAUUAUCGCAUCAUGAUUAAAGGGAUAGUUGAGUUCUGUUUUCAGACCGCAAAUGCCUUCAAAGUGCAUGGUUAUUGCUCUUAUU